AUGUUCUGCUUUACAAACAAAACAUAUGCUAUCAAUUGUAAUAUACCUGAUGAUCCACUUCCUAUACCCCAUCAAUUUGCUCAGCCAGGAAAUAUUAUUUUGGGGAUGAUUACCUCUCAAGCCUUUUUCUUUCACAACAGCCCCUCCUUCACAGAAGAUCCCUCUCGGACACUGAUUAAUGAAGCAAUUUAUGUGCCAAAUGCGUAUCAGCACAUCCUUGCUUUGGCGUUUGCUGUCAAGGAGAUCAAUAGGAACCCUGAGCUCUUACCAAACAUCACAUUGGGUUUCCACAUUGUGAACAAUUACUUCCCUGCGAAGAUAACUUAUAAGGCAACCUUGAACUUACUUUCUACACAGCAGAAGUUUGUUCCCAACUUUACCUGUGAUUUAAAAAAAACAUUUAUUGCUGCUAUUGGAGGACGUUUGACAGAGACCUCAUUCAACAUGGCUACCGUUCUUGCCAACUACAAGAUUCCACAGUUAACCUUUGGAACAUUUUCUUCUGCAUAUGAUGAGAAAAAUGCAUUUCCAUCCUUGUACCAGAUGGUCCCAAAUGAAAUACAUCAAUACACUGGGAUUAUUCGAUUACUUCAGCAUUUUGGAUGGAUAUGGAUUGGCAUUUUGGCUGUGGAUGAUGACUAUGGGGACAUGUUUUUGCAGAAAAUUGAACCGCUGCUUUUCCAAAACAGCAUUUGUUAUGCUUUCAUACUUAGAACACCACCGAAGGCAUAUAUAGAUGAAUACAUACACUUGAUGUCAAUGGAGUUAAGAUUUGAUCAACUCUUUAUGGAUGAUAAAGUCAAAGUGUGUUUAAUCUAUGCCCUAACUCCAGCCAUGCAAAAUCUGAGAAUUAUCAUCCUUGUAGCAUCUUGGACUUCACUUCAACCUUUGGGUAAAGUGUGGAUUGUUACUUCCCACUGGAAUUUUGAAUCACUGUCCGUUCAGAGACUUUGGGACAUACAGAGUUUCUAUGGUGCUCUGUCAUUUGCAGUUCGCUCAAAAGAGCCCCCUGGAUUCCAAGAAUUUCUUCACACUGUAAGGCCAUCUUGGGCAAAAGAAGACAAUUUCAUUCAGAAUUUUUGGGAGCAGGCAUUUGACUGCCCAUUACACAUUUCUGGUAUAAAUGAAGAUAACAAGGUAUUGUGCACUGGGGAUGAGAAGUUAGAGAGUCUGCCAAGAAUAUUAUUUGAAAUGAGCAUGAGUGGACACAGUUACAAUAUCUAUAAUGCAGUCUAUGUUAUGUUUAAUUCUUUCUUGAAAAGCAUCGUAUUCAACAACAGUAUGGGAGACACUAUUGCAUUUGAUGAAAACAGAGAAUUGAUUACGGGUUUUAAUGUUGCAAACUGGAUUACUUUCUACAAUAAUUCCUUUUCUCGAGUCAAAGUUGGAACAUUAGAAACUCGGGCUCCAUCAGGCAAAGAAUUAACUCUUAAUGAUGAUCAAAUUGUAUGGCACAGAAGCUUUAACCAGGUGCGUCCUCUUUCUUUGUGCAAUGACCACUGCUAUCCAGGCUCCAGCAGAAAGAAGAAGGAAGGAGAGAAAUUUUGUUGCUAUGAUUGUGUCCCCUGUUCAGAAGGACAGAUCUCUGAUGAAAUAGAUAUGGAUGUUUGCAUGAAAUGUCCAGACAAUGAAUAUCCCAACAACAUCCAAAAUCAAUGUAUUCCCAAAGUGUUCUCCUAUCUCUCUUAUAACGAACCUUUGGGAAUAUUCUUUGUUACAUUGGCUAUUGUUUUCACUUUGAUUACAAUCCUUGUGGUUGGAAUCUUUUGGAGGCAUCGAGAAACUCCAAUUGUCAGAGCCAAUAACUGGAGCCUCACUUGUAUCCUCCUCAUCUCCCUUCUUCUUUGCUUCCUCUGCUCCUUCCUCUUCAUGGGAAAACCUGAAAAGUUGACCUGCUUUCUCCGGCAAAUGACUUUUGGCAUUAUUUUUGCAGUGGCCCUUUCCUCUGUAUUGGCAAAAACUAUGACCGUGAUUCUGGCAUUUAUGGCAACCAAACCAGGUUCUGGAAUGAGGAAAUGGGUAGGGAAAGGACUGGCCAAUUCUAUUGUCCUUUUGGGUUCUUUCAUCCAAAUAGGAAUUUGCACUGUUUGGCUGAGUAUCUCUCCUCCUUUCCCAGAUACAGACCUGCAUUCCCUGAAGGGAGAAAUCAUAAUGGAAUGCAAUGAAGGCUCAGUGAUCAUGUUUUACUGUGUCCUGGGAUACAUGGGCUUCCUGGCUAUUGUCAGCUUUAACAUUGCUUUCCAAGCCAGGAAGCUUCCCAGCAGUUUCAAUGAGGCCAAGUUCAUCACAUUCAGCAUGUUGGUCUUUUGCUGUGUUUGGCUGACGUUUGUCCCAACCUACCUGAGCACCAAAGGGAAAUACAUGGUAGCUGUGGAGAUCUUCUCUAUCUUAUCCUCCAGUGCUGGUUUACUGGGGUGUAUAUUUUCCCCCAAAUGCUACAUCAUUUUAAUGAGACCUGAGAUGAAUAAGAAGGAAUAUUUAAUAAGGAGAGAAAAGUAA